AGAAGAAGAAGAGAGAGCUCACUGAGAGAAAGGUAGAAGAACCGGUGCACAUUAGUCACGCGAGAAGUCGGAAGAAGAUAACGUGCGCACGUGGUGGACUUGAUAGUCUGUGACUCUGCUAACACCAAUCUUCUGUCACUGCUUCCGUAAUUCUAGAAAGAGAGUGAGCGAAGAUCGGUUUCUGUGGAUGGAGUUGCUGUUCUUUUUCUUUGUUUCUCUGUUUUCUACUCUAUCUAUAUCGUACGGGUCAUGACCUAGAAGCACGCAGUCUCUUGAGGUCUUCCAAAAUCUUUCUAGCCAUUUUCGUUGGAUCUUUAAAGGACUUGUUCAGGUUCUUUCUGCCUUACCUUUUCAUCGUCUUUCUUGAGUUGUCUGACUUGGGUCUCCUGGUACUAAGAAAUGGGCAACCAUGAUCAUGGGAAGAAUCAUACAACUGGGCAUGACAGUCAUGGCUCUCACAUUUGUCACAAAUGUGGUUGGCCAUUCCCCAACCCGCAUCCAAGCGCAAAACAGAGACGAUCUCACAAGAAGGUUUGCGGGACUCUUGAAGGGUAUAAGCUAACCGACCCAGAUGAAGAGCAAAUGUCAGAUGAAGAUCACAAGGGCUCUGGGAAUUCAGUAUUGGGAGAGUUAAAGAGCAAUGAGAAUGUGAAGCAUGGAAUUCAAAGAAUAGAGUCGAGCAAAUCGGAAGAGGACUUAUUUUCUGAUGCUGUUGCGGAAUUUGGGGAUACAGGGACUAGUCCUACUAUCGAGACGGUUGUGGCCAAGGGUACUCGAUCCCCAGAAGUAAAUGUGAAAGGAGAUGUUAUUCAAGAACCAGAACAUUCAGUGCAGGGCAGCCAGCUGGAAAAGCCCCAAGGUUUGGAAAGUUCAGUGGAUAACUUGAAGAGUAAUAACUUACAGGUCCAAAUUGACUCCUCAAGCUUUACUGUGGAUAAAUGCUUGGCUUCUUCCUCUGAUAAGGAAACUGAAGCAGUAGCUGUUGAUGGAAGAAAAGAUGCACAUAAUUGUGCUAGUUUUGUUUCCGAUGUCAAUCAUGAUGAACGGGUGAAUUUGAUUCCUGAGAUUGCAAAUAUCAAGACUGGCGAUGAUGUGACAGACAGAUCUUUGAUGCACUCUGGGCAUAGUUUCGAAGGACAUAUGAAUGAAAAUAGUGAUGCAAAUGGGCAUUUUCCACACCUGGUAGCAUCACCUAGUAAACCUCUAAGCAUGGAGGUAUCUGAGAUAGAUUCAAGGUUGGAACAAAUGGAUGAAUUUGCAGGAGUAACCGCUGAUGUCAGUACAACAAGAAUCAAUGCACCCAUUGAUAGACUUGUAGACUCGAAGGAAGAGCAAUCUAAGCUCUCCGGACCAGUGAUACCCCAAAUUGAUUCAUCCUCUAAUUCUUGUUCAGGGCCCAUGGAAGUUGUCGGCAUUGAACAUAUGGGUACUAUGAUUGCUAGUGAAAGAGAUGCUUCUGUACAAGAAGUAAGUGUUGCGUAUCCUAGUGAGACUGUUGAUGGUUGCAAUGUGAAAGCAGAACCAAAUGACAAGAUACCUGCACUUUCAACAUCAACUGUUAUACCUGCAGAAAGACAUUCUGAUGUGACAAUUAAAGAUUGUAGAGAUCAUGGACCUGGGACAUCAGAUACACAUGGUGCAGUAAUAAAAGAGGAGGAAGAUCAUCCUAAAAUUCUUGCUUCUGAGGAAGAUAACUCCAGUUUCCUGUUAAAUAAGUUGGAUGAAGGUGAUGCCUGUUCAGGUCAGCAAGUACAUGGAAAAAACCUCCAGCAAGAAGGGACAGUGAGCAAAAGUAUGGUUGAGGAGAGAUUCAAUGAAUAUGAAACUGAUUCUUUUGAAUGCAAGGCUUCUAUUAGGGGUGAUGGGUCAAAUGGAUCAGAAGUCCCUCCAGCCUUAAGCAGUGAUGUAACAUCUACUUGUUCAGGACAAGCUCAAACUUUUUUCUCUAUUGAGAAGCAGCGAUCUCAUGAUUCUAACCAUGAUUUAUCACAGGAGAUUCUUCCAGAAAGGUCUACAGUGAUUCAUGAAACAGUUGGAGCUGCCAUGGUUUCUACAUCAGAUAAUGAAGUUGAUAGUGCAAGCUAUGCCAUUAACAGCAAUGAUUUUCCAGAGAAGGCUAUAAUUGGCACAGACAAUGUGUCAAAUGGCUUGGAAGCCCUUCCAGAUUCUGAAAUUCUUCCAGAAAAGCCUGCGGUAAUUCCUGAAGGAGGAGGAGAUGCUGUGGUUUUUCCAGCAGAUACCAAAGUUGAUGGAGCAAGCAAUUCUAUUAGCAGCAGUUCUGAUUUUCCAGAGAAGGAUGGAACUGACCAUUCCAACUUAGCUGGGAAGUAUAUUGGCGACGGAGUUGUGGAGGUUCGUCAAGGUGAAGAUUUUCAGGAAGUCCAGAAGGGAGUUGAUACCAGUAGGUGUACUGACUACUCAUCUCUUACGAAUUUGGAAAGUCAAGCUGAGUAUGUUGAUACAGCAAACAUCAGAGUUUCUGAAGCUCUUCAUGAAGAUAUAAAAGUAGAUCAUGAUAUUGCCUGGUUUUUUCCAAGCGGUGCAGAAAAUUUCAGUCAGAAUGAGCAUCAUAUGGCUUCAGCACUAAAUACUGAAUCUUGGGUUCCUAGUUCUGUCCCAGUGGAAGACAACAAUGACAAUGAUCUUUGUGGGGAUUUUUCUGAUAUUAAUUCCCAAUCAUUGCAAAAUGAUGGUGAUCACAAUCUUAAACAUCAGCUUAGUGCUUCUGAUGUUGUGCACACAGAGUUUUCGGUCAAGUCUGAUGGCCAAACUGAUCAUAUGAAAGGUUAUUCUGGUUCUGCUUCAGAGAAAAUGGUUCCUUCCACCAUAAAUGCUACAAAUGAGCAAGCAAUCCUUUCCGCUGAAAUUCUACAAGUGUAUGAUAUCCGAGCAGAAGAAGCCAACUUGAAAAGGACAUCUGCUGAAGAGAGCACCACAGGUUUUGGAAGGGAUAAAUUUGACGUGGGGUCUCAGCCUUUGCAGGAUAAAGCUGCUAACAAUCAUCAUAAACACUAUAAUGAAGGAAUAGUCCCUUCCACAUCAGAUGCUACUGAUGAACUAGUGAUCCUUGCUACUGAUGAUACUUUACAAGCAUCCAAUACCCAAUCACAAAAAGCCGACCUAAUGAAUACAUUCAGUGAAGAGAAUAGCACCAAAGAUUUUGGUGAAGAUACAUUUGAGAUCAAGUAUCUGCCUUUACAAGAUGAUGAUGUGAAUGAUGUUAAAAAACAUCCCAGUGCUUCGGCAGCUGUGUCAGCUGGUGUCUUUGUUGAUUCUAGUAGCCAAGCUGAUAGUGUGGAAGGCUAUUGGGGUUCUGUUUCAGAUUCAACAUUUCCUUCCACAAGAGAUGCUAAUGAAGAAUCACCCAUCAUUGCCACUGAAACAAUAGCAAUGAGCGAUACAGGAGUAAUGGACAGAGAUCAAAAAGCUAACCUGGAGACAAAAGUUGGUGCUUCUGAGAGAGAGCUUUCUGGUCACAGUGAUUUAUUUGAUGCACCUUCCUUCAUGACCUCGGUUGAAUCUGGCAAACGAAAUGAUCAACUCACCACUUCAUCUGAAAUCCAGACAGUUCAGAACCCACAACAGCCAAAUUCUUCACCUUUGCAAGAUGGGUGGUUUCCUUCGCUCGCUUAUGAUGCAAAAGAGUCGGAAGGGAGGAAGAAGAAUGAAGAGAUCAUUGCUAAAGUUAGUAACUGGAGCGCCGGGAAACCACAUACACCUUUAAGGAGUCUUUUGGUUGAAGCAAACCUUGAAAGCCUGCAGAAGCCAUCGAAUGGACAGGAACAUCCAGCAACAGUUGCCACCAAGGAUGAGGCUUCUGCACAAGACAAUAAGGUCGCACCUAAGACUUCUCCUCCAGUGACAGCUCCUGAAGAAUCGACAGCUCUUUCUGCCCAAGGUGACCAAGAGAAGGAAUGGAAUACUCCUGCAAGACUUCCAGAAAGUAAGAAAGAAAAGAGGAAAGGCAGAGGGAACUGGGUACCCUUUGUAUGCUGCACGUCUGUUGAUUUGGACCCAUGAUGGAAACAGUAAUAGAGAUGCCUACUUCAACAAGAACAUUUGGACUCAUUCCCCCCCUUUAAGAAUCAUGCAGGUCGAUUCUAUAUUGCACAUUACUAAGUAAUGGUAGCAGUCGUCUGUAGAUUUUAGGUUAAUCACGUGUGGGAAUUUGCCCUUUAUAUCCUUGAUUCACUUGAUUUCUUUGAUGCUCCGUAUGUAAAUCUUUUGGCUCAUCUUGCGUGCAUGCAAUAGCUAUUUAUGUUUUGGAAUAACUCUAUGGACAUUGGUUUGGUUGA